AUGACGGGAACACUCACGGGAACUCCGUCAAUACGGGAGGCACAACCUUCUUCGAAUGAGGAAAAGGCUCCUUUUCCAACCCCAGCGGCGAGCAUGGAAGAAGAUGUCCAUCCAAGAUGGCGGCGGCCGUUGGUAGUGGUUGGGGGAUUCCUCACCUACUUUUGCACCUAUGGCUUCAUGAAUGCAUGGGGGACAUUUCAAUUCUAUUAUCAUGAGGUGCUCCUGGUAGGCAUGUCAAACAGUACACUUGCUUGGAUUGGCGCUCUACAGCUCUUCAUCCUGUUGAUCAGCGGGCUGGUGGUUGGGCCCCUGUACGACGCUUGGGGUGCCACACGCAUUUUCGCCCCUGGUGCUGUCCUAUACGUGGUGGCUAUCAUGUUCACCAGUGUAUCGUCCCAGUAUUACCAGCUCAUUUUGACACAAGGGAUACUGUUGGGUAUCGGAACAGCCAUGUUAUUCUUUCCCACCAUCACUGCCGUCUCUCAGUGGUAUGGUCAGUCGCGCGGACUCGCUCUGGGUAUUGUCGUGUCGGGGUCCUCCCUGGGUGGCAUUUGCUGGCCGCUGAUGCUCGAGCGACUGAUCAGGCAGAUCGGAUUUCCAUGGACCAUGCGGACGGCUGGUUUUCUUUGCCUCGCGUUGCUGGCGCCCAGUGUCUUCCUGGUUGUUUCCCGGCCGCGCAUCGUGAGAGAGCAGAUGGACGACCAGCACAACUGUCCUCCGAAAGUGAUCCCCAGUCUUUUUAAAGAUCUACUGUAUGUCACGUUUGUCGUUGGCAUGUUCUUAGUUCAGUGGGGAAUGUUUAUCCCGUUCUUCUUUCUACCCACGUAUGGCAGCUCGAACGGAUUGGAUACUGAUGAGGCGAAUAACCUUGUCUCUUACCUGAACGCUGGUUCCUUCGUGGGACGCAUCGGCUCUGGUUACAUGGCCGACCUUUACGGACGGCUGAACGUCACUUUCGGCUGUUCCGCCCUCUGCGCAGUGCUAGUCUUCUGUCUGCAUGCCAUGACUGGAAAGGGCUCGAUAAUUGCAUUCUCGGUGCUUUACGGAAUAUUUUCUGGCGGACUUAUCUCGCUGCAGGCCGCCUGCGUGUCACAAAUCACGGCCGACACGCGGAUCCUUGGACUCCGGAUCGGCGCUAUGAUGGCUAUUUGCUCAUUUGCUGGGCUGACUGGAAGCCCUAUCGCGGGCGCUCUUAUCUCGCACGAUCAUGGAGCUUACGGGGAUAUGAUCAAUUUCAGCGGAGUCGUCCUUUUAGCAGGUGCCAUUGUCCUGGCCGGGGUGCGUGGUUUGGGUGCCCCCAGGGUAAAAGUGUUCUGA